CGUGCGUGAACCAGGUCUACGAGACUAAGCCAGGAUGCCUGCAGAGGAAACUCUUAUCCUCCAGUGCCUUCUGUGCAAAUGGAGUGAGGAACUGAUGAAGAAGAAGGGCGGACCAGCGACCAGCUGGACUAUGUCCCGUUGCCAAUCAAGGGCCUAAGGGCUCCUGGACUGGCCACUGGCCCACUAAGAAAGAAAAAAGUGACAAACAACAAAUAAUAGGAUAGGA